CACAUUAAGUCGCUUGUUAGUAAUGCAAAAUUGCGGAAUAGAAUAGCAUCAAAAAUAUAUUGAUUAUAUGGUUCACCUGUUGUGAAUAAGUUGAGUAAAAGUAGGGAUUUAUUAUUAUUAUUUUUUAAUAAUUUACAAAAGUAAAUCUGGGCAGUUGUACAUUAAGAUGUGUUGCGUUUGUGUAUUUUAGUGGAAAUAUGUAUUUUUCAAAAUUUUCAGAUUUAAAAUACAAGCGUGAGGGGCUUCAUUACCGCCCGGUGACUUCAUCACCGGUGAGCGGUCAUUGAAUAUUCAUUGAAAAGCAACGGGAGUUCUCGGUUUACGACAGAGUGCGUCCGUGCGCGUGGUGGGAACGGUAGCAAGAUGGCGGCGCUGAAGGAGGAGCAGUGCUACGGACUGUCCUGUGGAAGAGUGAGCAACGGCAGCAAUGUCUCCGUCUUUCACGUUAAACUCACUGACAGCGCGCUGAGAGCGUUCGAGGGCUACCAAAGCAGCAAGGUCUUGUCAUCUCGACCAUUGAUCAGAUUUAAUGGAAACCAAGGGAAAAUUUCAAUACCACGGUCAGAAAAUUCCAGUGAACUACAAGCGUUUACUUUCUACCUGUCAAAUGUGGGCAGAGAUAACCCCCAGGGCAGCUUCGACUGCAUCCAGCAGUACAUCACCAGUGAAGGGAGCAUUCAGCUGGAUUGUCUGGGUGGGAUCCAGGACAAGAUUACAGUAUGUGCCACAGACGACUCCUACCAGAAGGCCAGGGAAAGCAUGGCCCAGGUUGAGGAGGAGACCCGCAGUAGGAGUGCCAUCGUCAUCAAGCCUGGGGGAAGAUAUGUAGGUAAGAAGGUUCAGAUCCGGAAACCGGCACCUGGCCUCUCCGACAUCGCUCCACUACGGAGGACAUCUCGGCCCGUCAUCAUCUCUAGCAGUACACUAAAGAAAAGCACGACUCAGCACCGGCCGCUCAGAGAGCGCCUCAUACACCUGCUGGCCCUCAAGCCUUACAAAAAGCCCGAGCUGAUCCUGAGGUUGCAGAAGGAUGGCCUCUCGCCAUUAGACAAAGACUCUCUGGACAGCCACCUGCAACAGGUGGCAAACCUGAAUGGGAGAGAAAACACCUUCACAUUGAAGGACUUUUUGUAUAAGGAAAUUCAGAAGGACUGGCCAGGCUACACAGAAGGAGACCAGCAGCUUCUCAAGAGAAUUCUAUUCAGAAAACAGGCCCAGAACAGUGCUGCCCCUCCACCAGAGAGCCCACCCAAAGAGCUGGCCAGCAGCUCUCCAUCUCAGAAACGGCCUGCUGCUGACUUCAUCGACCCUCUUGUCAACAAAAAGCCCAGGAUAUCGCACCUCGCCAACAAGGCUGCAACAGCCCCCGUUAAUGGCAAACUCAGCUCUUCCAACGGCAGAGGAGAGGCAGGUGGAGCGCAGUCAGGGGCUGCGGUUUCUGUGUCAGAUGGCGGCAUGACGUCCAGCUCCCAGCAGCUCCCUGUGCUCGACAUCCCUCGCCCUUUCGAAGCGUUGUCGGACGUCAGCAACGACUCCAGCCACAACGGGCGCGACUGCGACUCUCAGGAAACAGCGGUGUCCGAGAGGCUCAGUCAGCCACCUUCGCUGUUUUCUGUGUCGACGGCGGUCAGUGCGUCCAGCGCGUCCAGCGUCAGCACGUCAUCUCCUGGACACACAGUCCUGGAGGGCCCCCGGGAGAAGAGUCCCUCCUCAUCUCUAAACAAUAAGUCCAAGAAGAAGUCAAAAAAGCAUAAAGACAAGGAAAAGAGCAAAGGCAGGGAGAAGGUGAGAGAAAAGGAGCAGGAGAAGGAGAGGAAAAGUCGUGAGCCUGUAUAUGGAGACUGUGAGCUGAGCCCAGGAAACCUCAAAAGCAACAGUGUUCCACACAAAAGCACAGAUCUGAAUGGCAUGUGCAACAGUCCCAGUAUUUCUUCAACAUCACCCGAGGUGGUAGACUAUUUAUCGAAGUACACAGUGAUCAGCACUCAGGAGCAGCGUCAAAGGUAUAAAAACGAUUUCAACGCCGAGUACAGUGAGUACCGGGGUCUGCAUGCUCGAAUAGAGGGCAUCACCCGGCAGUUCACUGUGCUUGACAAUGAGCUUAAACAGCUCCAACAAGGCACAGACAAGUACAAGACAAUCCACAAUCAGAUACUUCAAGAGUAUCAUAAAAUAAAAAAGACUAAUCCAUACUAUAGCCAAGAGAAGAAUCGCUGUGAAUAUCUACACAACAAACUGGCACAUAUAAAGAAACUUAUUGCGGCGUACGAUCAACAGCAACUGUAAAAGUAGUUAUUAGACAUCGUUUCCCUGUUAUCUCUGGAAACCAAGCAGAUAAAGGAAAACUCUGGAUUCCGCUUGCGCUAAAAAAAAAUAGAAUAAAUAAUGCCAUGAAGGGAGUAUUCCCCUCACUGGGGCCAAAGGCUCUAGUGGGGACUAAGCAGGACACAAGAUCUGUUUCUUUCUCUUCCCUCUUAUUUUUCUGUUUUGUUUUUUAACGAUGGGGCUGUGCCUGGUGUGGCCAGGUCUGUCGGCGUCAUGACAGUGCAUUCAGAAAUAUUGGUUCUGUGUGGCUUUGUUUUUCUCAACGGCCCACUCUGCUUAUAAUGCACAGAGGUCUGAAAGAGUCUAACAUGGAAACUCGCCCACAUUCUUGGGAGAUUUCCAAAUUAUCUUUCCUGCUUUUGAAACUCAAAGAAAGAGGACACUGAGAUGAAAAGUGCAGAUUGUAUGCCAAAUGCAACAAAUUUGUUUUGAGUUUAGUAACAUUAAGUGAAUGAUACAUCAGUUUUCCCCCCCACAUACUGAAUCGAAUGGUUGUGAUGUUGAACUUAUUUCUUUGUUUUUCUUUUUAUUUAUUUUGGACACUUAACUCGGGGGGGUUAGUCUGUUGUACACUCCUCAGUAUCAGUACUUAAAAGCUGUGUCUCUUAUGUUCUGUCCUCACAUCUUGAAUGUCUGCCAGUAUUUUAUUCAGAAGCUGCCUUGUCCAUGUAAUUGUCAAUCUGUUGGCGAUAAUUUUCUUUUUCUCUCUUUUAAAGAGAUGCAGAUAAAACUGUUGAUUAUAUCAAAACAAAUGCAGACAGUCAGACGCAGGUUUGUGCGUUUGGCUUUUCUUUUCUAAAAUCACGUGCAGAUGUCUUAACAGAGGGGACGUGAGUUUCCGGUUUUCUCUGAAUCUAGUCUCCUCACGGCCGUGACGAGCUGCAGCGCUUGUUUAUCUGUUACAGCAGCGGUCCUUAGUUAUAGUUCAUCACAUUGUAUCAACAAAAAACUAUAUUUAACUCCCAAUUAGUCUCUUUCUGGUUGAUGGCUUUUGUAGCAGCAGAAUAAUUCAGUUGCCUGAAGAGUUCAUCGGCAGUGUUACUCUUCAUCACUGUAAGGAAGAUCCUCUAAUUGUAAGAUGAAGCAGACGGGAUGCAGAUCUGCGGGCCUUUUCUUCUCAUCUUCAAAAUAUUCUAAACUCUCGGGCAAUCCACAAAUCUGACAUCUUCUUGCUUGCAUCGUUUUCACCUUUAGCUGCGUUAAAUCCAUGUUUACAGUGUCUAUACAAAGAUCACAUUAUUUAUUUUUUGUCUGCUAAUUGACCCGCAUGCUAGUCUGUUUGAGACGACUGUUAAGAUGAAGCCAUCUUCGUUCAUCUUCUGAGCGGGGCCUGACGGACCUCCCGCUCAGAGAAGGACCAGUUUUUGCCUUUUUCAAAUGUGAUGUCACAUGUUCACGCCGAACGACCUGAAAAACUGUUUCCUGGAUCGACUCUCCUCUCCGAGAGGCACCAAGUCUCGACGUAUCCGAAGACGAAUGAGAAAUGCUGCAUCAGAACUGAGCCUGAUGAGCGAUGAAGCGAGUCAGUCAGUGAAUGCAUCUCUUAUACUGGUCUUUUUAUGUGAAUAUGAAAAAUCAGCACUUUUUCUCCUGAUCUCGCUGUUACCGGGGGGUUUUGUCCAAAUGACACUUUUCUCUUUGUCCAUCAGAGUGCAUGCUUUAUGAAUGUGUUACAAUGAACAGUCUUUGUAUCUUUACUUGAAAAAAAAAAAAAAAAACUGCCCAAGGAUCUCAAAAUCCACGCAAACGCCUAGUCCAACUGAAUUUGUAUGUAAUCAAUUAGACAUGGCUCUGACCAGCAUGUAUACCAAAGUGCUUAAGUGGGAUGACACAGAAUGCUCUACCAAAUGUUGGAACAUGUCACAGCAUUCUCUUCCUCCUGUUAUCAUUCAUUUUGUCUGCAUCAUUUACCAUCCAGUGUAAAGUUUCUUGGUGUUUUCUUGUGAGAAGCCAGAGGAGGCUCCUUCGCUUCAGACGGGCUUUGCAUGGACUCAGAUGUAACGUCAGGUUUUGAAUUUUAUCGCUCUCCUAAUAUCAAAAACACUAAGGUCGAUUCUCAGAAACGCAGCAAUGCUGAGCUCUUCUGGGUGUAGCCUGAGGUUGGAUCUGGGACUCAAUGAAGACGAAGGAUGUGACAUUUGUUGAAUGUUUUGUCACCAGAGUCGCCCAGUGCUACGACUUCUUCCCACACUUUCCACUGUUCUUACUGUAUCUUGUUUUCUGGAAACAUUUAGACAUGAUUACUGUAUUACAUCUCUAUCACGGUCAAAAAUCCAUUGUGAAUUUAGCUCAUCAGUGAAUAUUUUUUUGAUCCGAUGGAGAGCAGACUGUUUGACGGUAACGAUACGCCAGCACAGGAGUACCAUUGUAUGAGUUGAUUGUGCCAAAAUGACCUGUUGUAUAGGUUUUUUUUUUCUUUUGAAUAUAUACAUGCUGCUGUAUAAGCAAAGAGGGCUUUGGAGAAUAGUCAUGAAAUGUUGACGCUAAAACCCAAAGCACGCUUUUUGAAAACCAUAAGGGACUGGGACUGAAAUUGAUCUUUGUUUCAAUAAAAUUCUUUAAAAUCCUUAUUUGUGAAAUUCUGAAA